AGUCGCGUAAAGAGGAAAGCGAGAGGCUUUACUUGAAAAGUGAGAUGUCCGACGAAGAGCAUCAAUUCGAGUCGAAGGCCGACGCCGGAGCGUCCAAGACCUACCCACAGCAGGCAGGCACUAUACGCAAGAACGGCUACAUCGUUAUCAAAUGCCGUCCUUGCAAGGUUGUUGAAGUUUCCACUUCCAAGACUGGUAAGCAUGGCCAUGCCAAGUGCCACUUUGUUGCAAUUGACAUCUUCAAUGGCAAAAAACUUGAAGAUAUUGUGCCAUCUUCCCACAAUUGUGAUGUUCCUCAUGUUAAUCGCACUGAUUACCAGCUGAUUGAUAUUUCUGAGGAUGGAUUUGUAAGUUUGCUCACUGAAAAUGGCAACACUAAGGAUGAUCUGAAGCUGCCAACUGAUGAUAAUCUUCUUACUCAGAUUAAGGAUGGCUUUGCUGAUGGGAAGGACCUGGUUGUGUCCGUCAUGUCUGCAAUGGGGGAGGAGCAGAUAUGUGCACUCAAGGAUAUUGGUCCAAAAUAGUUUUCUACUCCGCUUGGAAUCCCUAUAAUACCAGUGGAAAGGAAUUUGUAAUAGCUUUCAAUAUUUUGUCUGACAUAAGACUUGAGGAAAACUCUUGCAGAUUGAUUUAUUUUCAUUCCGGGUCCAAAGGCUAUGUCACGGUGUUCUUGUGUGAUGCUUCUUUGAAUAGGGAAACCGUGUCUUUUAUAUUGUUCAUUUUGCUUUC